AUCGAAGCGAAAAUAACUCCGAUGUUUCGAAAAUUCAAAGAAAAAAAGGAAAAACAAAAUUAAACUCUAACACUAAAACAUUUUCCGUUAAUUCAUAAAUUUCUCUCUCUCUCUCUCUCUCUCUCUCUCUGCAAUUUUUGUUUCUAUCCUUUGAUCUGCAACGCGCAACGUAACACUGCUUCUUCACCUUCUUUUCUUCUUUUUCUUCCCAUUUUCACCGCAUUGCUACCUUCAUUCCUCAACGUCAACGGUGUCCCUCCCGUUUGGUUUUAGAAGAACAAAUCGGGGACAAGGGGCAGUUUGAUGGUUCCCUUGAUUUUAGGAUUUGUUUUUGGUGGGAAUGUGUUGAAUAGAGAUCUACAUUGAGCUGAAUUGCAGCUAAAUGGCGCAUGGAAGGAUAAGGGCAAGGCUCCGAAGGAGCCAUUUUUAUACAUUUGGUUGUCUUCGACCUACUACCACUGACGAGGGGCCUCAUCCACUUCAAGGUCCUGGGUUCUCGCGAACUGUGCACUGUAACCAACCUGAGAUCCAUGAGAGGAGACCUUUAUAUUACUGCAAGAAUGAUAUUUCCACAACUAAAUAUAAUGUGCUUACAUUUUUUCCCAAGGCACUUUUUGAACAGUUUCGUAGAGUUGCUAAUAUAUACUUUCUUUUGGCUGCGUGUCUCUCAGCCUCGCCAAUUUCACCUUUUAGUCCUCUGAGUAUGAUUGCUCCUUUGGCAUUUGUUGUUGGGCUUAGUAUGGCAAAGGAAGCAUUGGAAGAUUCACGCAGGUUCGUUCAGGAUGUUAAAGUUAACCAUCGAAAAGUUCAUCAUCAUAAAGGUGAUGGUGUUUUUGGUCCCAGGAUGUGGCAGAACAUUAUGGUUGGGGAUGUAGUAAAAGUAGAAAAGGACAAGUUUUUUCCAGCUGAUUUGUUGCUCUUGUCAUCAAGUUAUGAGGACGGGAUAUGCUAUGUGGAGACAAUGAAUUUAGAUGGUGAGACCAACUUAAAGGUAAAAAGAUCUUUGGAGUCUACCUUGUUCCUAGAUAGCGAUGAAGCGUUUAAGGAUUUCGCUGGAACAAUAAGAUGUGAAGACCCAAACCCCAAUCUUUACACUUUUGUUGGAAACUUUGAGCAUGAGCGCCAAGUUUAUCCUCUUGAUCCUAGUCAAAUUCUCCUUCGAGAUUCUAAGCUCAGGAACACGGAAUACAUCUAUGGAGUGGUCAUUUUCACUGGCCACGACAGUAAAGUCAUGCAGAAUUCCACAAGAUCCCCUUCAAAGAGGAGCACGAUAGAAGAGAAGAUGGACUAUAUCAUAUACACUCUCUUCACUGUCCUUAUCUUUAUAUCUAUCAUUAGUUCCAUAGGAUUCAUUGUCAAGACUAAGUACCAAACCCCUACGUGGUGGUACUUACGCCCCGACAGUAUCGAAUCCCAGUAUGAUCCCCAGAAAAUUGGAGUGGCUGGGUUGAGUCAUUUGGUUACUGCUCUCAUUCUCUAUGGAUAUUUGAUACCCAUCUCACUUUAUGUUUCCAUUGAGGUUGUGAAGGUUUUACAAGCAACCUUCAUUAACCAAGACAUUCAUAUGUAUGAUGAAGAAACCGGAACUCCAGCUGACGCACGGACUUCAAAUUUGAAUGAAGAGUUGGGUCAGGUGGAUACAAUUCUCUCUGAUAAAACUGGAACUUUAACCUGCAAUCAGAUGGACUUUUUGAAGUGCUCUAUUGCGGGUACUCCAUAUGGUGUGUGUUCUAGUGAAGUUGAAGUUGCUGCAGCGAAGCAGAUAGCUUCUGAUCUUGAGGACGAUGAUUCAGAUCUCUCCAAUUUCCCAUUGCCUAAUAAGAAAGGACAUGUUUCAUGGGAAAAUGUUGGAGUAGCUGAAGAAUAUGAACUAGAGACUGUUGUUACUUCCAAAGGUGAUGAGGAUGAAAAGCAUGCCAUAAAGGGAUUUGGUUUUGAAGACGACCGUCUCAUGAAUGGUAAUUGGUUGCAAGAGCCCAAUACCGAUGACAUUUUAUUAUUUUUCCGAAUACUUGCUGUUUGCCAUACUGCCAUUCCUGAGUUGAAUGAGGAAACGGGCAGUUUUACAUAUGAAGCAGAGUCUCCAGAUGAAGGGGCUUUUCUAGUAGCAGCAAGAGAAUUUGGCUUUGAGUUUUGUAGGAGGACUCAGUCAAGUAUUUUCACACGUGAAAGAAUUUCUACUUCAGGGAAAGUGGUUGAAAGGGAGUACAAACUCUUAAAUCUACUAGAUUUCACAAGUAAAAGAAAGCGUAUGUCAGUGAUUGUCCGUGAUGAGGAGGGCCAACUUUUUCUUCUGUGCAAAGGGGCUGACAGUAUCAUAUUUGAUCGUUUGUCCAAGAAUGGAAAAAUUUAUUUGGAGGCUACUACCAUGCAUUUAAAUGAUUAUGGAGAAGCAGGUUUGCGAACACUAGCUCUGGCCUAUAGAAGGCUUGAAGAAAAAGAGUACUCAGAUUGGAACGACGAGUUUCAGAAAGCCAAAGCAGCUGUUGGGGCUGAUAGAGAUGCAAUGCUUGAGCGGGUAUCAGAGAUGAUGGAAAAAGAGUUGAUUCUUGUUGGGGCUACUGCUAUAGAAGACAAACUGCAGAAAGGGGUUCCUGAUUGCAUUGAUAAACUUGCUCAAGCUGGUCUCAAGAUUUGGGUAUUGACGGGGGAUAAGAUGGAAACUGCAAUCAACAUUGGAUUUUCCUGCAGUUUGCUUCGACAGGGCAUGAAGCAGAUCUGUAUAACUACAAAUUCAGACACAGAAUCCAAUGAUGUCAAACAGUUCUUGUGCUUAACACCGCAGGCCAUCAAGGACAACAUAUUAAAUCAAAUCACCAAUGCUACACAAAUGAUAAAGCUGGAGAAGGACCCUCAUGCUGCAUUUGCAUUAAUUAUUGAUGGGAAAACUCUGACAUACACUUUAGAAGAUGACCUGAAGCACAAAUUUUUGGGUCUGGCAGUUGAUUGUGCAUCUGUCAUCUGCUGUCGUGUGUCUCCCAAGCAAAAGGCACUGGUCACAAGGUUGGUAAAAGAAGGAACUGGGAAGACCACUCUCGCAAUAGGUGAUGGUGCAAAUGAUGUUGGUAUGAUACAAGAAGCAGAUAUUGGUGUUGGAAUCAGUGGGGUUGAAGGUAUGCAGGCAGUGAUGGCUAGUGACUUCUCAAUUGCCCAAUUUCGAUUUUUGGAGCGGCUUCUGGUGGUGCAUGGACACUGGUGUUACAAGAGAAUUGCACAGAUGAUAUGCUAUUUCUUCUACAAGAAUAUAGCAUUUGGCCUCACCAUAUUCUAUUUUGAGGCCUUUACAGGCUUCUCUGGCCAAUCGGUAUAUGAUGACUGGUACAUGAUAUUGUUCAAUGUUUGUCUGACAUCAUUACCCGUCAUUUCACUUGGUGUUUUUGAACAAGAUGUUCCGUCGGACGUUUGUCUACAGUUUCCUGCACUGUACCAACAAGGACCCAAAAAUUUGUUCUUUGAUUGGUAUAGAAUAUUGGGAUGGAUGGCCAAUGGUUUAUAUUCCUCCAUCGUUAUCUUCUUACUCACCGUCACCAUAUUAUAUGAUCAUCCAUUCCGUGAAGAUGGCCAGACAGCUGACAUGGCUGCUGUUGGAACCACAAUGUUCACUUGCAUCAUCUGGGCUGUGAACGUCCAAAUUGCGCUGACAAUGAGCCAUUUUACCUGGAUUCAACAUCUGUUUAUAUGGGGUAGCAUAAUGACUUGGUACGUCUUUCUCACGAUAUAUGGCAUGCUUUCUCCCGAGUAUUCUAAGAAUGCCUACCAUUUACUGGUUGAAGCCCUCGGACCUGCACCUAUUUAUUGGUCAACAACACUUUUAGUUACAGUUACAUGCAAUCUUCCUUAUCUUAUCCACAUAUCAUUACAAAGAUGUUUUAAUCCCAUGGAUCACCACAUUAUCCAAGAAAUCAAGCACUACAAGAAAGAUAUUGAGGAUCAACACAUGUGGAUAAGGGAGAGUUCUAAAGCCAGACAAGAAACCAAGAUUGGAUUCACUGCAAGAGUGGAAGCAAAGAUCAGACAAUUGAAGGGCAAGCUGCAGAGAAAACAUUCUUUCUUGACUAUUAUGUCCCCAGUACAUAAGUAAUAGUUUUGAGUAUUUUUAGGCUUUACAGGUUAUUAUUAUUUUUUUGUUUAAAAUUUUGCCCCUUUUAAAUUCUUUGUUGCUUACGUUGUUACAAUUGAAACGGGGUGAAUUAAAGUCUCAUUCACUACAGUAAAUCAUGUAAGCUAUUGUAUGUAAAAUAUAUACGUAGAAGAGUGUCAAUAUGUGUUUCUCAUACCAAAAAUGGUUAUGGUUCAAGUGACAUUGAAGAAGUGAAUCAACUAUUUUUUAUUGCUUUCUUUUGUUGAGUUAGUAGCCUAGUGAUUAGACUUACACACUAUGAGUAUGGAAAAGUGGAAAAUUAUGGAGUUUGAAGCUAACUCUUUUAAUAAUAUCUCUAGUCGUUAUCAA